AGCCUAUGACGCUUUGUCGCGUGUAUCGCACACGUUAGCCUCCUAGUUAAGAAAAACGAAGCAAAAAAACUGAAACAAAACACACAGAUGAUCUUCGGGUUGGGAGGAGGAGGAGGUGAGUCUCCAUUUCCAUUCCGACGUCACUCCAACAAUGACCACAACCACUGCUUUCAAUCUCACCUCUUCUCCACCACCGUCGUCGCUCUUCGCCGUCGCUUCCUCCACCCUUCUUUCUCUCUCCUCCUCCGCUCCUCUUUCAAGGGAACAGCUAACAGGAGUGGCUGCCACCUAAAGCAAUUUAGCUUUUUCCUGAGGUUAGAUGAUGUUGCCUCAGCAGCAUGUACUUCAUGUCUUUGUCUCUUUGGUGGAAAAUCAUCUGGACAGGAGAAAGACAAGGAAGCAAGCUCACUGCAGGAUAAGCCGAGAAAUAAUAAGUUUCUACAAGGGCGUUGGACCAAUGCACUCCUUGCCAUUAAUGUGCUGCUUUAUGUUGGGCAGAUGGCCACUCGAGGUAAGUUGAUGUUAUGGGGAGCUAAGAUUAAUAGUCGAAUUGAUGAAGGGCAGUUGUGGAGGUUGGUGACAUCAGCCUUCCUACAUGCAAAUAUUGGACACCUCUUGGCAAACUGUUAUUCCUUGCAUUCUAUUGGCCCCACUGUGGAGAAUUUAUGCGGAACUCGAAGACUUUUUACUGUCUACUUUGCCUCUGCUAUCACAAGUUCUGCUAUGAGUUAUUGGUUGUCUGAAGCUCCUGCUGUUGGUGCAUCAGGAGCCAUUUUUGGAUUGGUCGGAUCAGUAGCCGUAUUUUCCAUGAGGCACAGAAGUCUUCUUGGUUCUGGUGCACAAGAUUUGAAGCAUAUUGCAAAAGUAAUUGUGUUGAAUAUGAUUAUUGGGCUUUCAUUCAGCGGAAUAGACAACUGGGGCCAUUUGGGAGGCUUGCUUGGCGGAGUAGCAGUCUCAUGGCUCAUCGGUCCUGCUUUGAAAUAUAAUUUUACUACCAGGGAUGGACGUCAAGUUUUUGUAGAUCGAGCUCCCAUCUUUACAUUCAACCCAAAAAGGCCCCAACAAUCUAAUUGACAAUGUAACUAUAUUGGUUUUCUUAAAAUUCUAACAUUUGGUGCAUUGGUUAAUCUCUGUAAAGCUAUGUCAGUACAUAUUUCAAAUCGAUGACGCAUGUACGUGCCUGUAAAGUUGUUGAGGGGAUUAUCCCGUGUAAGUAACCUUGUACUUAAGGCUAAAUUUCAAAUCUUGCAUAUAUACUUCUUGAUUUGACUAUAA